AUGGCGGCCUCCGAGCAGGAAUAUGAUUAUGAGGCUCUGCCAUCUAACUAUGGCCUCGGUCACAAUAUGCUUGCCGGUGCUUUUGCAGGGAUAGCGGAGCAUUCGGUGAUGUACCCAGUUGACUUGCUCAAGACUCGCAUGCAAAUCUUGCAUCCCUCCACGGGCGGCCUCUACACCGGGUUGACCAAUGCGGUUUCGACGAUUUAUCGGAUUGAGGGCUGGCGGACACUAUGGAAGGGUGUGUCGAGUGUGAUUGUUGGCGCUGGUCCUGCACACGCGGUCUACUUUGGCACAUACGAGAUUGUGAAAGAAAUGGCAGGUGGAAAUGUGGAUGACGGGCACCAUCCUUUGGCAGCUGCUCUGAGCGGAGCUUCUGCGACAAUCGCUAGUGAUGCGCUGAUGAACCCCUUCGAUGUCAUCAAACAACGAAUGCAAGUCCACGGAUCCGUUCACAAGAGUCUGAUGCAAUGCGCCAAAACCGUUUACCGCACCGAGGGUCUCCAAGCCUUCUAUAUCUCCUACCCUACUACCCUCUGCAUGACCGUGCCUUUCACCGCCACCCAAUUCGUCGCAUACGAGUCCAUCUCCAAGGUCAUGAACCCCAAGGGCGAGUAUGAUCCUUUCACCCACUGCAUGGCCGGUGGUCUCGCUGGUGCCUUUGCCGCCGGUAUCACCACUCCCUUGGACGUAGUGAAGACCCUCCUCCAGACCCGUGGUCUUGCCGAGAGUGAGGAAAUUCGCUCCGUUCGGGGUCUCUUCAAUGCGGCGGCUAUCAUCAAGCGCCAGUUUGGCUGGGCGGGUUUCCUGCGUGGCAUGCGGCCGCGUAUUAUCUCGACCAUGCCCAGCACAGCUAUUUGCUGGACGUCUUAUGAGAUGGCCAAGGCUUACUUCAAGGGCCUCUCCGAAUAA